GCCCGUAUUUCCACUUUUUUCGUCCUUUCCCCACACUUUUCUUUUCACAUUUAACAUUCCCUACCACUUCCCCACUUUUAUUUUUUAUCAUCCAACCAAACAAAACCCAAUAAUUCUAGACUUUCACCAAAAUUUCCCCUCUUUAUCGCAGUUUCCUCGAUCAUCAUCAACUUACAUAAUCUUUUUCGUGUCCAAACUGUUUACUGCUGCCCAACUCAUUUUUUAGUCAAAACAAUCACGCCUCGAGAGAAAAGUACAAGUAUGUUGUUUUUCUAGAGAAGAGAAAAAGAGAUGGCAACCUAAUUUUUGUGAUUGUGGAACAGUGGAUGAUAUAAUUUUGUUUUUGGGUUUGAGCUUUUCGCACCGGAUGUACGUGACCAAAGUUGUUUUUAUUUUAUUUUUUGUUUGUUGUUCGAUAAAAAUUUUAGCUUAUUGAAUAUUCAGUUAGAACACAAAAUUAUAGACUUAAAGUAUAUAUAUUGCGUGUUCGAUAGAGGUUUUGAUAGUUUUAUAUAGUGGGUACAAUUUUUAAUUGCUUGAUUUCUAUGGGAGCUUGCUGGAGCAAACGGAUCAAAGCUGAGAGUCCUCUUCACACCGCAGGGUAUAAUUCCAGAACUGGCAGUAAGGAUGGCAAAGAUUGGAGUAAUAGCAAACUCUCGUCCGCCUCAACACCCCAGACUCCUCGCAGCGAGGGGGAGAUUUUGCAGUCUUCCAAUUUGAAAAACUUCAGCUUCAAUGAACUAAAGACAGCGACUCGGAACUUUCGUCCUGAUAGUGUAUUGGGGGAAGGUGGUUUUGGUGCCGUGUUCAAGGGAUGGAUUGAUGAGCAUGCACUUACUCCCACUAGACCUGGAACCGGAAUAGUGAUCGCUGUUAAGAGGCUUAAUCAAGAAGGGCCUCAGGGCCAUAAAGAGUGGUUGACAGAGAUUAACUAUCUGGGGCAAUUACGUCAUCCAAACCUUGUGAGAUUGAUUGGUUAUUGCUUAGAAGAGGAGCACCGCCUACUCGUGUAUGAGUUUAUGCCUCGUGGGAGCAUGGAGAACCAUCUUUUUAGGAGGUCUGCACAUUUCCAGCCUCUUUCUUGGAGCCUGAGGAUGAAGAUAGCUCUUGGUGCUGCGAAGGGGCUUGCUUUUCUUCACAGUGAUAAAGCUCGAGUUAUAUAUCGAGACCUUAAGACUUCGAAUAUUUUACUUGACGUGCAUUACAAUGCAAAACUAUCUGAUUUUGGGUUAGCCAGGGAUGGACCUUCUGGUGAUAAAAGCUAUGUUUCUACGAGGGUCAUGGGAACUUAUGGAUAUGCUGCACCAGAAUAUGUCGCAACAGGUCAUCUAACUGCCAAGAGUGACAUCUACAGUUUUGGGGUUGUCCUACUGGAAAUAUUAUCUGGCAAACGUGUAAUAGACAAGAACAGACCUAAUGGUGAGCAGAAGCUGGUGGAAUGGGCGAAACCUUAUCUCACCAACAAACGUAAAAUCUUUCGUGUUUUGGAUCCACGAAUUGAGGGCCAGUACUCUUUGGAUCAUGCUGUAAAAGUAGCUACUCUUGCUUUAAAAUGUCUCUCUAUUGAUCCCAAACUGAGACCGAAUAUGAACAUGGUAUCCAAAGAACUAGAGAAGCUUCAGGUUCCACAGGAGACUAUAAGAAGAGAGACCCACCUGCCAGGCCAACUCACCCGUCGAGCUGUUGGAGUUCAGUCUUGCAGGCAUACUCUACAAAAAGCUUCGGGAAGUACCAGCACUUAUCCGCAGCCAAGUCCACUUGCUGGCAAAUCAUAGAGAUGAUGUAUAAAUGGUGAAAGGAUAUAUUAUAUAAUUUUGAAUUGGAAAUUGGUGCAGCAGGUCAUAGGAUAAAGGAGACAGAAUCUUAUAAAAUCUGCAUGCACUAGACUUCUACAUAUUAAGCUGUCAAGAGUAGUGCAUUGUACAGGUCUUUCUUAUGUUGUAAGAUUUUGUUUCUCGGUCUUGCA